GAAAAACAAAAGGAGAGAACCAUCAUCUUCCUCUUACUGCUUCGCAUUUUACAGAGACAUAAAUUAAAGAAAAUAAAAAUCUUUUCAUUUUGCAUUUUCUCUCUCUUCCUUCUUUUUCCAAUUGCUUAUCUUUUCCCCAAUCCAACGAAACCCUAAUUUCUAUUUCCGAUUUUUCUUUUUUUAAAUUCCUUGUUUUUGUCACAAAUCUCUUUUUUUUGUUUUCGAAUCUAAUACUUCCCUUCUUGGAUCUUUUCUUAAAACCCUUGUCGAUUUUGGCGCAUCAUUUUUUGUCAUUUUAAUCAACUUUCUUCUGUAUAUAUACAUUUUUAGGUCUUGUCGGCGAUCGCCUCUUUGUUCUUCGAUUUUUAGAAUCAUCUGCUUUGAAAGGGAAAGGGAAAAACCAAGAAAGAGAAGAUGAAUCAGCGGAAGAAGCCAUUUCAAAUUGAAGCGUUUAAGCAUAAAGUUGUGGUUGAUCCAAAAUAUGCUGAGAAAACAUGGAAGAUUUUGGAACAUGCUAUUCAUGAGAUUUACAACAAAAAUUCUAGUAAUCUUAGCUUUGAGGAGCUUUACAGAAAUGCUUAUAACAUGGUUCUCCACAAAUACGGUGAGAAGCUAUAUUCGGGUCUCGUGACAACAUUGACUGCUCAUUUGAAAGAAAUAUCGAUACACAUUGAAUAUAAUCAAGGAGAUUCAUUUCUUGAAGAGCUAAAUCAAAAAUGGGAAGAACAUAAUAAGGCUUUACAGAUGAUACGAGACAUACUGAUGUACAUGGAUAGAACUUUUGUCCCUGGCACUCAUAAAACUCCAGUUUAUGAACUUGGUCUGAAUUUAUGGAGGGAUUAUGUCAUCCAUUCUAACGGCAUUCAGCCAAGGCUUCAAAACACACUUCUCAAUUUAAUUUUGAAAGAGAGAACUGGUGAAGUCAUAAAUAGGGGCCUGAUGAGGAAUAUAAUUAAGAUGCUAAUGGAUCUAGGUGCUUCUGUCUAUCAGGAGGACUUCGAGAAGCCUUAUCUUGAAGUCUCUGCUAAUUUCUACCGAAUUGAGUCUCAGGAGUUCAUCGAGUGCUGUGAUUGUGGUGAUUACUUGAAGAAAGCUGAGAGACGCCUAAAUGAGGAAAUAGAGAGGGUUUUCCAUUGUUUGGACCUUAAGAGUGAAUCCAAGAUAACGAAGGUGGUGGAGAGGGAGAUGAUUGCUAACCACAUGUCAAGGUUGGUUCACAUGGAGAAUUCAGGCCUAGUGAAUAUGCUUCUUGAUGACAAAUAUGAAGAUCUUGGGAGAACAUAUAACUUGUUUCGUCGGGUUGACAAUGGUCUUUGUAGCAUUAGAGAUGUGAUGACCUCUCACAUUAGAGAGACUGGUAAGCAGCUUGUAACUGAUCCAGAACGUGUGAAGGAUCCUGUAGAGUUUGUUCAGCGUCUUUUGGAUGAAAAAGACAAGUAUGAUAGAAUCAUAAGUUUGGCAUUCACCAAUGACAAGACAUUCCAAAAUGCGUUGAAUUCCUCAUUUGAGUACUUUAUCAAUUUAAAUCCCCGUUCUCCCGAGUUUAUCUCUCUGUUUGUGGAUGACAAGCUUCGUAAAGGUCUUAAGGGUGUUAGCGAAGAAGAUGUGGAGGUCGUACUGGACAAAGUAAUGAUGCUUUUCCGAUACCUGCAGGAGAAAGAUGUGUUUGAGAAGUAUUAUAAACAGCACUUAGCUAAGAGACUGUUAUCAGGUAAAACUGUGUCUGAUGAUGCCGAGAGAAGUCUGAUCGUGAAGCUUAAGACGGAAUGUGGUUAUCAAUUUACUUCCAAACUAGAGGGUAUGUUCACUGAUAUGAAAACUUCUCAGGACACAAUACAAGGAUUUUAUGCAAGUCAUGGUGCUGAACUAGGGAAUGGACCCUCGCUGGUUGUGCAGGUUCUGACAACUGGGUCUUGGCCCACUCAACCAAGUGUUCCCUGCAACCUGCCAGCUGAGUUGUCAUUACUUUGUGAAAAAUUUCGCUCAUACUAUCUUGGAACUCAUACUGGAAGAAGAUUGUCCUGGCAAACUAACAUGGGUACUGCUGAUGUAAAAGCAACUUUUAGCAAAGGUCAAAAGCAUGAAUUGAAUGUCUCGACCUAUCAAAUGUGUGUACUGAUGCUUUUUAAUAAUGCUGAUAAACUUGGCUACAGAGAGAUCGAGCAGGCUACUGAAAUUCCUGCCCCGGAUCUGAAGAGGUGUUUGCAAUCGCUAGCCUGUGUCAAGGGAAAGAAUGUGCUUCGGAAAGAACCAAUGAGCAAAGAUAUUGGUGAGGACGAUGUAUUCUUAUUCAAUGACAAGUUCUCGAGCAAGGGUCUCAAGGUGAAGAUAGGAACAGUAGUUGCUCAGAAAGAAUCAGAACCCGAGAAGCAGGAAACGAGACAAAGGGUGGAGGAGGAUAGAAAGCCACAGAUAGAGGCUGCAAUUGUGCGAACAAUGAAAUCUAGAAAAGUACUCGAUCACAACAAUAUCAUUGCCGAGGUCACAAAGCAGUUGCAGUCACGUUUUCUACCAAACCCAGUGGAGAUAAAGAAGCGCAUUGAGUCCCUCAUUGAACGUGAAUUCUUGGAGAGAGAUAGUACAGACAGGAAGUUGUAUCGCUACCUUGCUUAAGGGAUCAGUUUUCUAGCAUUUGAAUAGUGGUUUUUCAUGUUCAGCUGGAUUUGGAUGCUGCUGUACCUUUAAAAUGAUAAUGAGUCCGAUCAGUUGCUCA